CCUUCUUAUCCUCCUCGGUCUCGAUCAUCUCUAUAAGUACCAUCACCAUUGUCUCUAUCCUCCAAAAACAAGAGCCAAAAGCAUCUGUGUUAGAGAGAGAGAGAGAGAGAGCGAGAGAGAGAGAGAGUCUCUCUUUUACUCAAAGUCUCUUCUCUACUCUCUAUCUUGGCUGAGUGCUCUUCUUUGACUUCACCACCACCCAUCUGCCCGGGAUGUCGUCGGCUGUUCGCAGAUGCCCUCGACUGCCAGUGUCUUUACGCCUCGAAGAAGAACUGAUCGUCGGCGAUCAGCAAGGUAUUGGAACGAUACUUGGAUUCUCCUCCUCCGCCGAGAGACAGAGGACUGAGACUAGAAAGUCUCUCAGAAGGACCUUCUCUGCUGACAUGUCUUCCAAGAAAUGGUUGGCUCAGCACAUGCCAAUCUCUCUCAAGAAGACUGCAUCCUCGCAAGAAUUCUCAGCGAUGCCCAUCCCUGAUUCUUCAUCAGCGUCCUCAUCAGCAUCUGAAGAAGAGGAAGAGAGAGAAGAGCGAAGAAAGGAGCUCGAGAGACCCAGUCAGUGCGACAUAUGGAACUUGAUCCAAUCACAGAAGACAGCAGACCCCAACUCUCCACUCCCUCCUCCUUACAUUCACCCACUGGUAAAACGAUCAUCAAGCUCACUCAGCCAAAAGAGUCUCCAGAUCUGCACAGAGAGCCUUGGAUCCGAGACAGGUUCCGACAGCAUCUCCCCACCUGAAAUCCCCGACUACCUGGUAUCUGAAUCAAGCAACGAGGAAACAGAAGAAGAACGUGUCCCAGUUGUGGUAGAAGAAGAGCUGAAGGAUACGAACAAGGAACCAGUAGCUGCGAAUUAUCGUUGUUUGAUGAGUAGGAAGUCGCCUCCUCGCUCGUUUCCACCACCACUACCUUCCAUCUCUAACAGCUAUGGGCCGCGCCUCCGCAUGAAGCCCCACCGCAAAGACGGCCGCCUUGUCCUGGCGGCAAUCUCCAUCCCCUCCCACAACACCUUCCAUGCUGAACGCCAAGAUGGCCGUCUGGUUCUCUCCUUCAUCAACAAACCCGUUAAAGAAGAUAAUCACACCAUAACCAAAGAUAAAGGACUUCAAAUAGUUGAAGAAGAAAAGAUAGUUGAAGAAGAAGAAGAAGAAGUGGAUGAGGUUGCUAUCAAGAAAGGAAUUGUGUUUGAGGUGAAGAUUGUACAAGAAGAGGUAGCGGCAGCUGUGAUGAAGGUCCACCGAUCGACGCUAGUGAUGGACAAGAUUGUAAGUGGGAUGCACCUCAACAACCCUAACCCUUGGGUGAAAAGGGUUGUGGAGGAGAGAGAUGUUCUGAAGAGGGCCUCACCAAUAACACCAACCGCCCCUGUGAUGGCUUUCAACGGUUACAAUCGUGCGGCGAUCAUCGAUCGGCCAGUGGAACCCAGGCCCAGCAACCUCAUCGUGUCCAAGAAGCCGAUGGUGGUGGUGAAGCCGGAGGAAUUCCUGCCGAUGGUGAUGAGGUGCAUGGAGUUUUGUAGGCCUGUGCUGGUGUGGGAGCCCCGUUGCAUAGCUACCACCUGAUGUUUUAUAUCUAAUACUUAUUAAUUAUUACUAAUUAAUAAUGAUUAGUUGAGUAAUAAGUGCAUGUCGUUGUUAUAAUGACCGAGGGAAGUGAUCAAGAGAUGAUGAUGAUGAUAACAUGAGAUUUUUCCCCUUGUUACAUCACAUGAUAUGUUUUUCUUUUACCACAGUUUUAAUUGAGUUUGUAAACCUGUAUCCAUCUUUAUUGGGUUGACUCGGCCUAAUAUCCGAGUUUUUCA